AAAUACGUGUCUAGAUAAUUAAAAUAUUUUGAACAUCAAUGGCCUUCAUCCUUUCCCCUCUGUGUUUCUUCUUUCUCAUCCUUUCAGCCAUCAGCGCCUUCGCCGUGGGCAGUGCCACUGAGCUGGACUACGCUGAAGCUACCGUUGCCGACAUCCAAGCUUUUUUCGAAGACGGCCGCCUCACCUCCAGGCAGCUCGUGGACUACUAUUUGAGCAGAAUUCAAUCUCUCAAUUCCGAUCUGAAUGCCGUCAUCGAAGUCAAUCCCGACGCCCUCUCCGACGCUGAUCGUGCAGACGAAGAGCGCCGCUCUGGAAGCUGCCCCCGCGGCUCACUCCACGGCAUCAAGGAUAAUAUCGCCACCUGCGACCGCCUUAACACCACCGCCGGCACCUUUGCUCUACUAGGCUCCGUAGUCCCACGUGAUGCCGGAGUCGUCCACCGCCUCCGCAAAGCCGGGGCCAUCAUCCUCGGCAAGGCAAGCCUGAGCGAGUGGGCCAACUUCCGGAGUACGUUUAGAGCCCCCAAUGGCUGGUGCGCUCGCCGGGGGCAGGGACGAAACCCUUACGUGCGGGAGGCUGAUACGUGUGGGUCGAGCAGCGGUUCUGCUAUCGCGGCGGCAGCAGGGAUGGCGGCGGUGACACUAGGGACGGAGACAGAUGGGUCCAUCAUCUGCCCCUCGGCGGCAAACUCGGUGGUGGGGAUCAAGCCAACGGUGGGGCUGACAAGCAGGGCGGGAGUGGUGCCUGUCUCGCUCAGACAGGACACUGUGGGGCCAAUCUGCCGGACGGUGGCGGACGCCGUGGCGGUGCUGGAGGUCAUCGUUGGGUACGACGAUAGGGAUGCUGAAGCGACGGCGGCUGCUGCGAGGUUUGUGCCGGAGGGCGGGUAUCAGCAGUUCUUGAAGGCUGAGGGAUUGAAGGGGAAGCGGUUGGGGAUACUUGGCAAGGAGUUCUUCUCGUAUGAGAAGGGAUCUGUAGAGGAAAAGGCCUUUGCUGCUCACUUCAGAGUCAUGAAGGAAAAGGGUGCAAUCUUGUUUGACAAUCUGGAAAUAGCAAAUGCGAGUAUUAUAGUUGACAUGUCUCAAAGUGGAGAACUGACUGCUCUUUUUGCUGAGUUCAAGCUCGCACUCAAUACAUAUCUCUCUGAACUUACAGUCUCCCAUAUUAGAUCCCUCGCAGAUGCCAUAACAUUCAACAACAAACACAACAUUGAAGAAAAGAUAGCAGAGUAUGGUCAAGAUAACUUCUUGGCUGCAGAGAAGACAAACGGCUUGGGUGAAGUAGAGAGAGAAGCUAUUAAGAGAUUGGCUGAGUUUUCUGUUGAGGGAAUGGAGAGACUAAUGAAGGAAAAGAAACUGGAUGGUAUUAUAAGUCCAGAUAGCACUGCCUCUUCAGUUUUAGCCAUUGGUGGCCACCCAGGGAUUAGUGUGCCUGCUGGUUAUGCAAGCAAUGGUGUUCCAUUUGGCAUCUGCUUUGGGGGAUUGAAGGGCUCUGAGCCAAAGUUGAUUGAGAUAGCUUACGCUUUCGAGCAGGCAACCAAAGUUCGAAAACAACCAUUGUUGAAUAUAUCCACUGCAAUUAAGAAAGAUUUUAUUGUCUGAUUUGGGAUAUUUGUGUUAGCUUAUAUCUGACUGUUUCUAUCAAUUUAUUGAGUGAUUGCGCAUGUCUACUGU